CUGCAGGGGAGGCGGUGGUGCUGCGCGCGGGGACUCGGCGGGUGGCGCGGAGCGCGGAGCAGGAGCCGGACGCUGCCGCCGCCGCCGCCGCCACCUGCGCGGCAGUCAGCAAGAUGUCAUGGCACCCCCAGUACCGGAGCUCCAAGUUCCGCCAUGUCUUUGGCAAACCAGCCAGCAAGGAGAACUGCUACGACUCGGUGCCCAUCACCCGCAGCGUUCACGACAAUCACUUCUGUGCUGUGAACCCCCACUUCAUUGCAGUUGUCACUGAGUGUGCUGGCGGGGGGGCCUUCCUCGUCAUCCCCCUACACCAGACAGGAAAGUUGGACCCCCACUACCCAAAGGUCUGUGGGCACCGCGGGAACGUCUUAGACAUCAAGUGGAACCCUUUUGAUGACUUUGAGAUCGCCUCCUGUUCAGAAGACGCCACGAUUAAGAUCUGGGACAUCCCCAAGCAGCUGCUGACAAGGAACUUCACAACCUACAAGAAGGAGCUGGUGGGCCACUCGCGCAGGGUGGGCCUGGUGGAGUGGCACCCCACGGCCGCCAACAUCCUCUUCAGCUCUGGCUACGACUACAAGGUGAUGGUCUGGAACCUGGAUACAAAGGAGUCUGUCAUCGUAAACCCCGUGAGGACAAUUACCUGUCACCAAGAUGUGAUCCUCUCCAUGUCCUUCAACACCAACGGCAGCCUGCUGGCUACUGCCUGUAAAGACCGCAAGAUUCGGAUUCUUGACCCCCGUCUAGGAACUAUCCUCCAGGAAGCCAGCUACAAGGGGCACCGGGCCAACAAGGUGCUGUUCCUGGGGAACAUGAAGAAGCUGCUGUCCACAGGCACGUCUCGGUGGAACAACCGGCAGAUGGCCCUGUGGGACCAGGACAACCUCUCUGUGCCUCUCACAGAGGAGGACCUGGACGGCUCCUCAGGUGUGCUGUUUCCCUUCUACGACGUGGACACCAACAUGCUCUACAUAGUGGGGAAGGGAGAUGGCAACAUCCGCUACUAUGAGGUGAGCGCCGAGAAGCCCCACCUGAACUACCUGACCGAGUACCGCUCCUACAACCCGCAGAAGGGCAUUGGUACCAUGCCAAAGAGAGGUCUCGAAGUGUCCUCCUGCGAGAUCUUCCGCUUCUACAAGCUGAUCACAACCAAAAGCCUCAUUGAGCCCAUAUCCAUGAUUGUACCCCGGCGGUCGGAAUCCUACCAAGAGGACAUCUACCCGCCCACAGCAGGGGCCCAGCCCUCCCUGACUGCCCGGGAGUGGCUCAGUGGGAUGAACAGAGAGCCAAUCCUGGUGUCCCUGAGGCCUGGCUCCCAGCCGCUGAGCCCCCGGCCACUGCCUCCAGAGAAGCCCCUCUCCACCCCCACGGCCCGGACCUCCCCCCUGCUCUUGGACCACACUGCAAAGCUGUCUGCAGAGGACGGCCAGAGGCCCCUCUCCCAGCAGGAGGGGAAGGCGCCAAGGUGGGCUGCGGAGCACAGGCCCGAGGAGAAGCAGCCCUGGCUCACGAAUGGCUUUGAUAUUUUCGAAUGUCCCCCACCAAAGACAGAGAACGAGCUGCUGCAGAUGUUCUAUCGGCAACAGGAGGAGAUCCGAAGGCUCCGCGAGCUGGUGACCCAGCGGGAAGUCCAAGCCAAGCAGUUGGAACUAGAGAUCAAAAACUUGCGCAUGAGCUCAGCAUAGUUCUGAGCAGAGGCCUCUGCCAUCCUGGCCCUCAGGGACGCCACUUGGCUCUGUGGGGAGGUCCAGAACCAAACCACAAGUCCCCCAAGAACAACCACUAUUUCUAUAUUUUUUACCAGAAAACAAAACUCUCAGUCACUGAAGGAGAUUCCAGUAGGACGUGGUGCCGUUUCCUAUUUGCCUUCUUGCAGCAGUUUCUGCACCGACUGAUUUUAGAUGUUCUGUUGAAUUCUGCUUCUGAGGUCCACGUGGAGCUGUGACUUCUCAAGGGGAACGAACACUGCAGGAAGUUAGAGCUGGUAGAAGUGGGGAGGUCAGGCUGCCUGUCAUCUCGUGUAGAAUGGGGGGAAACGGAGGCAGGAGGGAGUGUCCCCACUCACCCCAUCCCAACUGACACAUGCUUCAUAUGUUAGACUAUAGAAUCCAUAAUUCUGCUACUCAAAAAAAAAAAAAAAUUUAGAAGUUUGAAAACCAGUGAUCUGGCCCAACUCAUUCUUUGAAAAGUGAGGAAACUGAGGCUGAGAGAGAGGCAGGUGAGGCUGGGCUGAGCACCUGGUCUCCUGGGUGAGUCUUUCUGCUGUUUCUGGCCCUGUGUACUUCUCAGCCCCCAGGACAGGAAUAUGUUGGGUCUGGCCUCAACUGGGCCUUGACUGACUUGGUGACCUCUUGCAAAGUCCUUCUUUCUCUGGUCUCAGUCUCUCCAUCUUAAGAAGGGGGACUCUGGAUGAGCUCCCUCCACAGGAUCUGCCACCAGAGACCUUGACUUGAGGAAAACCACAUGUGGGGCCUGGGUUUGCUGCAGAAACUCACACUGACCAAGGGGUCAAGUUUAAGGUCAGGGAAAUGAAUCAAGAUUUAGCCCAAUUCUAGAACUCAGACAGGCAGUCAAAACCUUCCUUUCCAGCCUGCAUCAGAUGGAUGUGAGUAGACCCUGUCUCCUAUGUGGGGAUGCAGACCUCAGAACUGUGUCCUUGACUGCUGACUACACAGCGCCUCCUGCAGGAGAAUGUAGGCAAAAGAGCCCCCACUCCCCAGAAGGCAGUGGGUCCCCAGCACUGGGUACCAGCAGAGCCCUGUGGGCAGUUUCCAGAGAGGGAUGAAUGCACUAGGUAAAAAGCAGGACCACAGAUAACCCUGAAGUUCCCUUCUGGCCCAAAAGUCUUCUGCAUCAUCCCUCUUUUGUGAAUCUGUUUCCUGGGUCAAUUCAGCAGCCAAGCCAGACUGGGAAUGAUGAGGAGUAAAACCCAUUCUUCCUUCCCCAAGAGGAAUAGACAUCACAUUGGGUGACUUCCCCAUCACAUUGGGUGACUGGAGCUCAGAUGGGGACAGCAGGAGCUACCAGCCUGGUAGGCAGUCCUGUACAUUAGAAUCCCCUUGACAGCAUUCAGGAAAUGCAGAUGCCCAGGACUCACCUGGAUCCACUGAAGCCAACUCUCGUGAAGGGCCUGGCCCUCUGCAUAAGCUGCCCAGGUGAUUCUGCAAUUCAGUGGACUAGUCUGUCAGUACCUAUUUGCCAUAAAGAUGAGAAUAGUGAGUGCCAGACAGGAGCCUGGGAAUCAGUGCUGAUGGUCAUCUCACACCCCCCACCCCCACUAGCUAAGGCUGAUGUCCCCCGUUAGCACACACCAGAGAUCCACGGUCCAGGUCUUAUCUCCAUUUCCUCAGUUACUGAGACUCACUCCCAGCCAAAGCAACAGCCAAGCUUGCCUUACUGUGCUGCAGAGCAAAAAGCCAAGUCCCAAGCAUUGUCAGGAAAGUAGAGUCCCUGGAUGGAGUAACCCCAUGCACUUCAUUUGUGGCCACAGUUUACAGUUUACACAGCCCCUUGUCCAUUCACUGGCACGUGCUACUGGAACACAGGUCUGUGAGUAUUAUAAUCCCCCUGUUCAGAAGGGAAGACCUAGCCUCAGAGAAGUGAAAACCUCAUGUCCAAGGUCAUUAGCUGCCAAGCUAGAGGUGUGUGUGUGUGUGGGGGGGUGCAUCUAGAGAGCUUCUGAACAUGACUGCCCGGUGCCAUCCCUUCCCAGCUCCCUCCCCCCCAGGGACCCAGACCUCCCACUCAAAAGCAGGACACAGGCAGCUUUGAACAAACUCUUUUUCUUUCCUUUUUUUUUUUUUUUUUUUACAUUUAGAAUAAAUUAUUUAAAUUAUUUCACAGCAAGGGAGAGGGAUAGAUAAUUUUUAUCCGAUAUUUUUUAGAACCAUCUUUUUUAAAAACUCCUUUUUUUUUUUUUAUGUUCUUGAGCUGAUGGAGCAGAACAUGCCCAGCACUGGACAUGUCCUGCACUCGAACAGUCUCCUUACUGCAGACCCCGGGAGCCCCCUUUCUGUUGACUCAGGAACUUUCCGAGGGUGGGGACAGUACUGGGAGAUAAAGUUUGGCUGGUGUCCAUCUUAGCUCUAUAAUAAUUGUGCUUCCUGGGACAAAAGUUGAGAACCAUCAUAGAGGAAACAGGAAGUCAGAAAUCAAUCUAUGCUUUUAAUAUGAAACCGUGCCUGAAACAGUUUGAAUGAUUAUUUUAAUGUUUCUGAAAUUCCUUGUACCUUUGUAAUAAAAAAAUAAAAGAAGUAAAAGUGAAAAUAGAUACGGAAUUGUGCAAUGGAAAGAAUGUAACAAAAUAAACAUCCGGCUAUAGACAGUUUAAUA